AUGCUCCGCGGGACCGUGAACAUUAAACUCGGCAUCUGCAGCCAGCGCCGUGUGUGUCGUGCUGGGGCCGGGAACGGGCUCCGUGAGCAGCGCGGCCGGGCCGGGGGGCGGCGCCGGCACAGGCGGGGCGGCCCCGCUUUCGCUUUCGCUUCCCGGAGGCGGUUGCAGGGCCGGAGCGGGACGCAGGCAAUGUCGGGCCACACAGUGCGGGUGCGGGGCUUCCCCGCCGAGCUGCCUCCUGACAGGGUGGCCGACAAGCUGACCAUCCACUUCCUGCGCUCCCGCAACGGCGGCGGGGAGAUCGCCGAUGUCCAGGUGCUGCCCGGUGCCCAGGCCUGUGCCCUCAUCACCUUCGAGGCGUUGGAAGUGGCCCAGAGGAUCCUGAAGGCAAAGAAUCACGUGUUGUCAAUUGGAGGGAAGAAAUACCCACUGGAAGUGACGGAGCACGUCGCAGAGCUGAGCCCUAACGAGAUCUUUAUACAUGCUUACGUGAUAGUUGACUAUAGCAAGCUUCCUACUGGCAAAACCUUCCUGAGGGACUUGCACAAAGGCUACAGCAACGUGCAGUUCAAUUUCGACUCCAGGAGCACACACUGCAUGGUCAAGGGACCAUUUACUGAGCUGCAGGCCUUCAGCAGGGACCUGCUGGGAAGCCUGAACCUCAAGAGCCAAGCUGCUGGAGAGAUCCCCCCGCCAGCCUCCAGCCAUGUGGCCAAAGAGAUGGAUGAUCACCGGCAAGUGCUUGACUCUGCUGGGUCAGAGGGAGAGAGGGCAAAGCUGCCCAGUUGGGACCAGGUGUGUGAGAAGGCAGAUAAAGUCCCAUCACCUCGAGGCCCAGUGGAUGGCGAAGCUGUGGAACACCUGGAGGACUUUUCCCUCGUGAUGGACUCGGACAUUUACUUGUACAUGCAGAGGUUCUGUGCUGCCGAGUACCAAAGUGUCCUGCGCCAGCACCACGUGGACGUGGUGGAUGUCAGCAGUGAUGGCAUCGCCACUCUGUACCUCCAGCCAUCUGCAGAUGUGUCUGGGGACGUGAGUGCCAUGCAACAGGCCUACCUGGCCCUGCAGCAGCUUUACCAGCACCUGGAGGUGAGCUUACGCAAGGAGAAGAUCGCCAAGAGAGAACUACAGAUGGACAGCCAAGCCCUCAGGGCUCUGAUACGUGAGCUGCAUGAUCUGUGUCCCCAGGUGCUCUGCCACGAGGAUGAGAAGCAGCUUUAUCUUAUUGGGAACCUCAUUGAUGUGUCCCAGGCCAAGCAGUACCUUCAAGGUUUCAAUGCCAAGAGAGGUGCUGACCGUGCAGCUGGUGCACUCAGCAGCACCCUGCCCCCACAUCCAGCAUCCACAGAGGCUGCUCUGCACAAGCCCAAAGCAUCUGCGGACACCUCAGCCUCAAGGCUCAGCCCAGGCAGGUCAGAGCUGAAAGGUGAGCUCAAGCUAGCUGCCAACUUCAGUACUCUGAAAGCUGACAGGUCUCAGGCCAGCCAGGGCCCCCGGCUGAAGCGGGACUCUCAACCAGCGGGGCAAGCUCAGACUUGUGGGAAACCCUUCUCAGACACAGAUGCUUUAGGUCCAAGUGACCCAACGGCACUGACCCCGCAGUACCAGCCUCGUGUCCCUACAACAGAUGUGGGUUUGGGGUCAGCAAAUGAGUCUCAGCAGAAGGACCCCAAGGAAUGGGACCACGUGAAAGGUGGUGCCAAGCUUGCAAAGCACAAGGCCCUGUCUGCCUUGGGGGGCAAAGAGAGCAGCACUUGGCAGCAUCCUGAGGACUCGAAAGGCUCAGGUCCCACCAGGCACCACACAUUUAGUCCCUCUGACAUGACAAGGACCUCUUCUGCUUUAGACUCCCAGCCCUCUGAAUCCAGGCCUCUGCUGAGGCGUUCCAACAGCUUCUCCCUGCCGAGACCAAAGGAAAGCCCCAAGCCCCGAGGAGGAAGCAGGGUGAGUGAAGAAAUGAGCCUGGACUCUCUGCAGUGGUCUUACCUGAAGGAUGUUUGCCACACCGCUCUGGAUGAGCUGUGCAGGGACAGAGGGGUGCAGAUCUCAGAGCGUCGCUCCGGGGACUGCACGGUGCUGACGCUGCAGGCAGCAGACAGGAACAAGCUUUUCCAGGCUAAAUGGAAAGUGGAAGCUCUGGUGCAGAAAUGCCCUGACCUUGUGUAUCAGAGUCUGAGCUAUUCAGAGCUGGCUGUAGAUGGGCCGGAUGACAGUGCCGUGAGUGAACUGUGCAGCCUCUUGAAAGGAUACACCCCCCAGGCUGGACUCAGCAAAGACAAGUACAAGCUCUGUAUUGCCUGCCCCAAGGAGAUGCUGCCAGGGGUGACUGAGGCCUUCCAUGUGUUUUCUUCCAGGAGGCUUCGUGCCUUGAAGUCUUCAUCCUUGUCUCCAGGAGCAGAGAGUACAAAGCACUCGAAUGUCAUCCAUCCGAGCAGGAGCCAGGACACGGUGCUGGGUGCAGGCUUUCCCAGCAGCCUGGAGUCCCUGCAGAUGGGCUUGCAGCACCUGAACAUUGAUGAUAAGGAAGACCAGGCAGAUAUACCUAAGGCUGAGGAAAAGAGUCCUGCCAGCCCUUGGAGCUUCCAGCAGGCACUGAGGCAGGAGGAGGCUGAUGGCCAUGUGGAUUCUAGGGCUGUGCAAGGAGGAAGCAGCCUCCUGAGCCCUAGUGUGAUGGAGAAGCCAAGUCCUGCUGGUCUGAGGGAGCCCCAGGAACAACCAAAGACAAAACUGUCUGUGGGGGAGCCAGACAUUGCUCGGCUAAAGCAGGUUUUGCCAGACAGAUUCCAGUUUGCAAGAGACAAGAGCAGAGGAGGCCACACCGAAGCGAUGGGGCAGCCACGCUCACCAGGCCCUGCUGCAGAUGAUGCCCCUCACUCCCUGUCCACUUGGCUCUACAAGGCUGGGGCUACUGAGCCACCUGAGCCUGCAGCCAAGCAGUCACCUGCAGCUGAGCUCAGGCCCCUGCUCCCAACGGGCAGGAGCAAUGUGCAGGAGGAACCUGACCUGUCCCCACGGCAGCUGAGGGGCCCUGGCCUUGGAGAAGGAAGAAGCAAGACCCCUCUGGGCCAGUGUGAUGCUUGCCAGGGCUCCGGUGUGACUUGCCAGGCACCCUGUGGUCACUCCUUGUGCAGAACAUGCUUUGCAGGGGACAGUACACAGCCAGCCUGCUGCAGCUCCUCCUCAGUUGCCCGGAGCCGUAAGAUCCUGGGGAAAUUCAAGCUCUCCUCCCUGUCUCAGCCUCUGCCUGGCUACUAUCGAGACCCAACGCUCCAGGUUGCCUACUACAUCCCUGAUGGUGUGCAAGGGGUCGGUGACCCCCACCCAGGACAGCCUUACAAAGGGGGGAAAUUCUGUGCCUUCCUGCCUGACAACAGAGAUGGGCAGAAGACAGCAAUGCUGCUGAAGAAAGCCUUUGAGCGUGGGCUGACAUUCCAGAUCAAGUCCUACAAUGGAGAGGAAAGAGUGACAUGGGGCCUUAUCCCACACAAAACCUCCUGGAAUGGAGGCAAAGCCAGGAAUGGAUAUCCAGAUGCCAGCUAUCUCCGGGAGGUUUGCACAGUGCUGAAGAACCUGGACAUUGAGUGAGGCUCCGUGCCUGAAUGGCCACAGCCCAGCCUUUUGCUUCACCUUCCUUUCCAGCUGACAAAACUGCAGCUUAUCCCAGACAGCUCAGGAAAAAAAGCAGCCCGACAAGCUGCUGUGUCCCCAGAGGUAGGCAGAAAUCUCCGUGUUAGUGGCAGCAGCACCUCCAUCCCCUCUGUCCCACAAGCCUCAGCAUGGACUAGAGCUUCCCAGCCCCUCCAACACCUCCUGGCCCUGUGUCAUGUGUCAGCAGCCAGUGCCACAGCUUGUUGCACCCUCAGCUCCAGGCUGAGCCUCGCCGUGCCUUUCAGCAGCAUAACCCAAAGCUGUGCAGGAACCUGCACGUAGUCCAGCCCCAGCUUCUGGGAGUCUCUUUUCUCUCUGGCCGCUACAGGCAGGUGUCAGCUCAGGCCAGAGCCUGUGCCAGAGCUGAGCUGUCAUUAAUUUCAGUGGUUCACUCAGCCGUGUCAGGCCUUGGGCAGACAGCCCCGAGCUCCAGCCACUCCCCAGCACCUGCUCUGGAGCCCACAGGCAGCCCAGGGGAGAGCAUUAACAGCUUUUGGGGCCCAGAGCAGCUGCCUCCUAUGAGAAUAUAGAGGCAUGGGCAAGCUUAUGGUGCAGAAACACAAAUAAAUAAGACUUAGUUGCACGUUUUUCA